CUCCCCCUCGGCCUCUUCUUUUAGACCCCCUUCUCCCCAUCUCACACGCUCACUCUUUCGCGCAAGUGUGCAGGAGGCAGCCGGCAGCUGCUGGAAGUGCGAGCUGGGAGGCGACUCCAGUCUCUUCUCCAGCAAAUAUUGCCUCCUGUACACAAUGGAAGCUAAAGAGCUGAGUUGCAUUUGGGAUGGAGGGCAGGUUCGGUUCAUUCAGUUUGAAAUCCAACUUGGAUUCAAACAAAAAAGAUGCGUGCAUAUAUUUCUUUGCUUUUGUGUUGGCUGGGCUCUAAAUCACUGAGCAAGUAUGCCAUCUUUCCCUUGGGCUUGUUAAAGUCAAAUUUGGUACGCACGGCACAUGGCACGGGGCUGCCUCCUCGAGAGUUACCCAUGCUUGGCUUUUCAUGAGAGCAUAAUUAACCAAGAUGAGCCAGUAAGAGGUUUGACUCUUGCUUAUUUUCUAGCCUCUGUCGUUCUGCAGGUGCAAAUGGACUUUUAAUGACUACGGCAGACUUUUUCACUUCCGUUCUCAUGAGGCACCGUUAGGUAAAACUGCAAGACUUGCAUGAGAGUUUUCUCCAUUUUAUUGUGUCUCCUUUAAUUACCCAGAUUGAUAUUCCCAAGAAGUUCUCCUCUGGGACUGGUAAUGGAUUACCUACAUGCUCUGCUGCAAAUGUAAUUUAUUAAUGCUGCCUGCCUGCGCCUCUACCGCAGUGUCCUGUGCUCGCAUCACCAUAUGCAACCUGGAGGCAGCGCACGGCAUGCAAUUAGGGCUCAUUUAUGCUUUUUCAGUUAAUGUAAUCGUCUGUUUGCUGGCAGUUCCUUAAAAUGACAUGGGCUUCGUUGCCCUGAAAUUAGGGGAAGCAGGGGAUGAAAGUGCUAUCAUUUCAUUGGCUUUACACUAAUGGCUUUCUGGCUCCCCUGUCAAUUCUUUCCUGGCUUUGCAAUUAGAAGAAAUAGCUAGGAAAUGGUAGAUUAGUUACUCAACUGAGCGAAACACAAAAAUCUAUUUUGUUGCAGUGCCAUGAGUGUAAAGCUGCAUUAGUAUCCUAAUUAGCUGUUUAUUGAGUGUUUUAUUUUAUUAGCCAGGUUGUGUAUGCUGGGCCAAAUAGAAAGUGGCUUAUGGCAUGCCGUGUGCAAAUUGUUUAAUUGUACCACCUCAAUAUGUGGCUAAUGGGCUGGGUUUUUUUCUUAUCACCAAAAUGUCUCUUUUGUGAGAUAUUGUUGCCUUUUUUUUAACAACUAAAAAAUGAAAAGCUCACCCACACAGCUAAGUCUUUGUGUCUGCGCUUUUGGUUCACUAUGCCUCACUCGUAGUGGGCAGUCAGAGCUGUUUGCUGAUGUUUGUCCACCUCUCUUUUUGAUGUGAAAGUCAUCACGAAAAAAUAUAAUCCACUUACGCCAAAAUGAGGAGUCAUCCAUUUUUCGCUCAGUGUUUGACUCCUCUUCGCCUUCUCCCCACAUUUGAGCUGCAGGCAGAGUUGAACUCUGAGGAUGGAAGAGGGUCCUUUUCCUACACUCAAGCUGGUUUUAGCCCAGGCAAUUGCCCUGCCCCGCACAGAAAGAACAUAGUGGAGGGAAUGGUCAGCAGGGGUCAUGAGGGCACCGGGGCCCCUGGUAGCCAUGUAGAGCGGCUGAAGCAGGCAUGGACAAGAGGUCUCAGGCAGGAGCGGUAGGCCUUGUUGACUUCCCCAGCCACCCCAUCCUUUGCCACGACCUUCACCACUGGCUACGCACCACCACAGUGCUCUCUCUGCCAACGUUGCCAGUUAGACUUUGCCAUGAGAAUGUCUGUUCAAGUAGACUCUGAAACAACAAAGGUGCCCGAGCCUGCCGCUGCUGAGGCAUUUCCAAAAGAAAAUGCCACCCAGUCUGAAGUAUCUAAUGAGGGUGGCAAAGAAAAUUCUGGCAGCAUUACAACAGCAGAAGCCAAGCCUGUGAGGUACUUGAAGCAUAAGACCAGGCUAAAGCUUGUUCGGAGCCUGGCAAUAUGUGAGGAGUCCUUCCCUUACCCAAUUCUUGAGCCUUCAGCUGCACCUCAGGAUGAAUCCCUCCUUCGGAUGUUUGAAAAAGAUAACGGAGCCACACAAAGCCAGGCUCAGAAAGAAGUCAUCUGUGACAAGGUGAACAAAGCUGACAAAAUGCUGUGCAGAGAUUCCAGUCAAGACUACACGGAUUCAACGGGCAUAGAUCUUCAUCAGUUUUUAGUAAACACGUUAAAGAGCAAUCCCAGGGACCGAAUUAUGCUGCUGAAGCUUGAGCAAGACAUCUUGGAUUUCAUCAGCAAUAAUGAAAGUCAAAAGAGAACGUUCCCGCCUAUGACGUCCUACCACCGGAUGUUGUUACACCGUGUGGCUGCCUACUUUGGCAUGGACCACAACGUGGACCUCACCGGAAAGUCAGUUGUCAUCAACAAAACUACCAGCACAAGAAUCCCCGAUCAGAAAUUCUCAGAGCACAUCAAGGAUGACAAGGCAGACGAUUUCCAGAAACGCUACAUUCUUAAACGAGACAACUCCAGCUUUGAUCGCGACGACAGCACGAUUCGGAUGCGCUUGAAAGCAGACAAGAAAAGCAAAUCGAUGGAAGAGCGCGAGGAGGAGUACCAGCGAGCCAGAGAAAGAAUAUUUGCACAUGAUGGCGAUCACUUCAUACUGGAUCAAACUGCUCAGGAUGAAGAUGCAUGUACACGUACCCAGCACAGGCGGCUUAUUUUCAGGUCAGGGGCUGGACCCUCAGACGCCAGCUGGCAGAGCAGCUCUGAGACGGAGACGCAGCCACCAAACGGUGAGCCGCGACCUUGGAGCAGUACUGACAGCUCGGAGAGCUCCAACCGACUCGUCCCGCGGCCUUCCAUCACCAAGGCCAGCAGCUUCAGCGGCAUCUCCCCUGACCUGGCACGUGGCGACAGCACCGCCAGCAGUAAGAGCACUGGGAGGCUUACCAAAACAGGUUCAGAAUCGAGCGGUAGCUUCGGUUCUUCAUCCAGUUCGCUCUCUCGUCCACACUGUCCUUUCACCGUGUCAGUGUCUUUACGGCCCAAAAUCUCUGGAACGCCUUUUAUCCUCCCGGCUGCAGACACCAAAGGCUCACCACUCCCUGACAAGAGUGUCCCGUCACAGCCAACGCCUUCUGCUGAUGGAACAAAUUAUGCGAUGUCACUCGAGGCUUCAGGGAUACCACCUGGCAGCAUUCUGGUGAAUCCACACACAGGAAAACCUUUCAUUCAUUCUAAUAGCAGUGCGGUAGUUUAUAGUUCGGCCAGCAUCGCAGCCCCUGCCAGCAGGGGCCGACAUCAAGGGAAGUUGCUGCAACAGCCGACCUCCGCUGCAAGUCAACCACAGCACAUCAAUCACCUCCACUCGCAGCCAUUGUGUCAUCCAUUCCAGCCGUCCUCAGAGCCUGCUCAGAACCCAACAGUCUCGUACCAUCUUCCUCCUCUGUUCCCGCCAGUCUGUGACAACCAACAGUACACUGUGCCUGAAAAUCUCAACACCCAAUUCAGUCACAUGACAUUGACGCAGCAGCCCAACAAUGGAGCGCCGGCUGCAGAUGGCCACCAUUAUGCAGCAUUGUACCACCACCAUUCCGCUCCGGUAGUGUUGCAUGGAGCACCCCAGCAAGUUUCUAAUUACGUGGUUGCGGGAACUCCAGGGAUGCUCCAAGGCCAGCCUGUACCGCUUCCAACUCCAGGACCUCACCAAACCUACCCCAGCGGCAUGACUGGUCAUGCGGCUUUUCCUGGGUCCACUCUGAACCAGCCGGUCCAGCAGGUAGCUCAGCAGUUACUCAGUCAAAUGGGAUUCCACUUGUUCUUUUGCUUUGAUGUUCUAUUUGAUCUUUUAUGCUUCUCACAGGUAUCUGCUUGCUAUUGUUCAUCAAUCCACCAUCCUACCUGCUCCAGCCAGCAGCAGCAGCAGCACUACCGCCCGCCUGUAAACUAUUUGCCGCAUAACGGCCUUCACACCCAAACCCUGUCCCAGCAGCAAGUGCACCAGCCUGUGAUGUCAAGCCCAGCAUCCUACCAGACUAUAGUGGGCAUGCAGCCAACACUCAACUUUGCUCUCACCGGUGUCCAACAAAGCAAUAUAAGCAGCCAGAUGCAAGGCAUGAUGGUCCAGUACUCCCCAAUGCAGUCUUACCAGGUUUCCUUGCCACAACAUGCAGGGCCGAUGUUAGUGUCAUCAUGCCAACCAGGACAAGGUGCAGUGGCAGUCUCUGGCGUCCAGCCUUACUACAGCCUUCUCCCUGCUCCAAACCAGCACACCAUGAGUUCCACUGUGAGUUUCCUGCCCUCCCCAAUGAUGGAGCAGCUCAAUUUCCCUCAGAACUCAUCCUCCUGUGUUGCACAGCAAAACACAGGGUUGUUGCCCCCGGCCCCCGGCAGCGGUAUGGUGAUGCUGCAAAUGGCAGCUCCCCCCUGCCAGCAGCCCCCGGCGUCCUCCGCCUGCCAACAGAAGCAACCCAGCCACAAACACCUGGGCCCCGAGCGCCAGCGCACCCGCCGACCGACUGAUCACCCGCUGCCUCCUGACAACAUGCAGAGCAGCCUGCUUUCACCUCCGGCGCUCACAUCCUCGUCGAGACCGCCGCCCAAUAUCAAGGGCCUCCCAACAGGCAUCUCGUCCAUCCCCGUCGUUACCCACCAGCACCAACUGCAGCUCCCUACAGACUUCUGCCAUAGUGGGCCAGGUGAAGCCCAUUACUCUCUCCUGGGCCAGCCUCUGCAGUUUAAGCCGCUCAUCCGCACGACACACAUGGUGACCAAACAUCAGAUAUCCGUUCACAGUUACCCUUUCUCGUCAGGGUCCAAUGGGAGUUUGGCGUGGUGGUCAUGGAAGGAAGGCCGGCAGAAAAUCUUUCCCAUCAGAUCACAGUCAGUGAGCAGUCCUCAAGAGGGGACCGGCACGACAGCCUCUCAAAAUCUCCUGCCACAAAUCUGCAAAAGACGUGAAUUGACGCAGCGUCAGCCCUGGCUGUGCUACAGCCGAGACACUCCCAACCUAAAGCUGGCCUCGCUUUACUCUACCUGUGCCACGGCGCAACCAGACACAUUGCAUUACCACAGCAGCCCGCAGCCCCAUUUUUACCUGGGAACUCAUUCACCCAGACUUGGGUGCGGGGAGCUGUGCGACCAAACCGGCUCAUAGCUGCUUAGUUGUUGGUGCAUCAGUGGAACGCCAUGUGGUUGAACCUCCAGCCUCUGCUGCCUCACUUUGGACUGUUUCAGCACCUCACAUCCCAGACUGGCCAAACUCACAUCAGUAUAAUUGUUUGAACAGUGAAUGUUUUCUUGUGUUAUUUUUUUCGGGGGUUUUCUCAAUCCGACCAACUGUGCUGGUUGUAGAUUGAGUACCGUGUUGUUCGUAAAGCAUAUUUUGACUUCAUCUCAAUUUGCUACCUUUUCUUAUACCUAAGGUAUAUCGUAAGGUAUCGUCUUUUCACAAUUGCAAAUGUUCUGACUGAGGAAUUUGGGAUUCAUCCACCUGUUUGAAAGUUAAUCACGCUUUUUUUUCUUUUUUA